AUGGAUCCUCGCAAGCUCGGUGCUGCUGCCUUCUGUCUGAUUGUUAGCUUGCUGGCCGUUUCUUUGCAAGGCUGCUCUGAUGAAGAAGCAGUCGAACAAGCAAGGGAGGAUGCCAUGCGCGAGGGUGAGGCGCUCAAAGGAGUUCAGGAUGCUGUUAGUGAGUACAGAGAGCAAAAGAAGAAGACCCUUGAAGCACGGGACAAUGUCCAGGCUAAGAAGGACGGAUUCAGCAAGGUCUUGGCUGACGAGGGGAGGAAGCCUGAAAAAGACGAAGCAGCAGCUCUGGAGGACGCCAACAAGGUCCUCAAGGAGGAGGCGGCAGGAGAGCAAGCCGAGAAUGCGGUCGAGCACGGUGAGGCCCCAGACAAAGACAAAGACAAAGCAAAGAAAGGCUCAAGUCUCCUGGUGACGGUUCCGAGGAAAAGCCGCUCCCGAGCACGCAGGAAGAUGGAGGAGGUCUUCUUGCCAGAGGCUCAGCUGGACCCCGCGGGCCAGGACAAGCAGCGCCUGCUGAACCACCUCCGGUCGGAGGCAUAUGUGGAGCUCUUUGCGUCUCCAAUUGCAGGCGUCGGAGUACGGGCCUUUCGGCAGAUUCCCGAGGGAGUUGAUCCGUUCCCGAUCUGCAACCCGCACUUGGCGGCCAAGGACGCAGUGCUAGCAGAAGAUAUGAUGAGCGAGGCGAAGAGUUGCGAGCAAGUGCUCCCUUCUUUGAGAGCCGAACCGAAAGCACGCAGCUUCGAGUUUGCCAAGGCCAUGCAGGUAUGCGGAGACCUGCGGGAUCUCCCAACUCUGCUGAGAGUGUGGAAUCUGUCCCGUGAGAGGAACAUCCCCCUCAAGUUGACAGCAUACUCCAUCCUAAUCCAGGCAUGUGCAAAAGCCAUUGACCGACAGCGCCGCCAUACCAAAAAGUUGGGCCUUGUGGCAGGUAAACGGGCGUGGCAAUGGAUGUUGCAUGAUGGGCAUAAGCCAGACGCCGCCGUAGUUAAGGCUGCUCUUCAUCUUUGUUCCAAAGCCGGGGAUGCAGAAUGGGCCACACAGCUCUGGCAAAACACCCCAGAAUGUAGCACCGCUUUGUGGAACCGAUAUCUGGAUACUCUGGCACGGCAUUCGGGUCCAGAAGGCUGGGAAGCUGUAGAAGAGGAACUGCGAAAUAGCGCGACACGAAGGCUUGUACCCGAUUGCGUCACACUGGCGACGUUGAUGGAUGCAGCUGCCGAGCAGAAUGACAUGCAGCGUGCUGACAACUUCUGGGAUCACCUGUCUCCAAGUGUCGAACUGACUUCAAUCACCUAUGCUGCUCGAUCCAAGAGCUUCCUUCUGGGUUCAAAGCCCGAGUGCGUGCCGGACCUCCGCUGCGAUAUGCAGAGGCGGUCAAUCUCCCCAAACAUUCGCAACAUCCUCCACGAGGUCCAGGCCUGGCUCCUGCUACUGCACCAGGAGCCCCAAGAUCGCUCGCGCUACGAGCGGCUCAGUGAGGCGUCUGCGCGGGCCACCUCGGGAGAAGUCCAGGGUACGGGCCGAGAGAUGGAGCAACUCCGACGUAUGCAGGGCCUGGCGGAGGGCAUCUGCCAGGGCCAAAAGAUGGCUUUGGGAAGAAUCCGCGUCUUGGACUGGCCAUGGCCGUGCCAGUGA